UUACCCAACAAUGAAGGCUUCAGCUUGGUUUUGUCUACUCCUCGUCAUUGCUUUCUCAAUAUUCCCACCACCCAUUUCCUCCAGACCCAUUUCCCACCAAAACUCACAGAAGCAGAAGACGGCGGCGGCGGGGACGGUUGCAGUGGCGGGGUCGAGAUUGCCGGAUUGCUCCCACGCGUGCGGCUCGUGCUCGCCGUGCAGGCUUGUGAUGAUCAGUUUCGUUUGUGCGGCGGUGCAAGAGGCGGAGACAUGUCCCAUGGCUUACAGAUGCAUGUGUAAUAACAAGUCAUAUCCUGUUCCUUAGUUCUUCAUUUUUUCCUCUGCCUCUCCAUUGUAAAAUAUAUUAAUUCUACUCUCUGUUUCUUCUUUAUUUGUGCCUGUUAGAGUUGUAAUCACAGAGCUUCUAGUUUCUAUCAACAUUUUGAUAACUUAAACACAAAAGUAUAUGUUUC